AGUGUGCCGGCCUCUCUCCUCUCGCUUGGGCGGCGGCGGUACGAGAACUGGCGGGUGGCGCAUCGCGGGCGCGGAGGCAGGAGCAGCCUCAUUGUUCCGGGCGUCGUCGCCACUGCAGGUCCUCGCUCGCUCGGCUCUGCCCCCCGCGACUCCCCAGCCCCCACGACCCUCGCGGCCCGGAGGAGAAGCGUCCCCGGCGGCAGCCGCGCCGCAGCAUCCUCUCCCGUCCGCAGCCAUGGAAGACGCGUACCAAUCGCCCCUAGUGUCCUCGUCCGCGGACAGCCCGCCCAGGCCCGAGCCCCCGUUCAAGUACCAGUUCGUGAAGGAGCCUGAGGAGGAGGAGGACGAGGACGAAGACGAGGACGACGAGGACGAAGACGAGGACCUGGAGGAGCUGGAAGUGCUGGAGAGAACAGAAUUUUCAGAAUUGGAAUACUCAGAAAUGGGAUCAUCAUCAUUAAAUGGUUCCCAAAAAGUAGAAUCUGCCAUAGUAGCAGACCCUAGGAAAGAGAUAGUUGUGAAGAAUAAAGAGGAAGAUAAUGAUUUAGUUAGUAAUAACAUCCUUCAUAAUCAACAGGCGUUACCUGUAGCCCUGACUAAAUCAGUUAAAGAGGACAAAAUUGUGUCUCCAGAAAAAACAAAGGACAGUUUUAAUGAAGAGAGAACUGCAGCAGAAGCUCCUUUGAGGGAAGAAUAUGCAGACUUCAAACCAUUUGAACAAGUAUGGGAAAUGAAGAAGACUUAUAAGGAAGAUAGUGUUGUGUUGGCUGCUGGAAGUAAUAUAGAGGGCAAGCUAGAAAGUAAAAUGGAAGAGAAAUGUUUUGCAGGUAGCCUUGAGGAAAUAAGUCAUGGGAAAGAUAGCGAAAGCAGUAAUGAUGAUAUCUCUUUUCCCAGUACACCAGAAGCUAUAAAGGGUGGUUCAGGAGCAUAUAUCACAUGUGCUCCCUUUAACCCAAAUGCAACUGAGAGAAUAUCAACAAACAUUUUUCCUUUGUUGGAGGACCGUGCUUCAGCAAAUAAGACAGAUGAAAAAAAAAUAGAGGAGAAGAAGGCCCAAAUUACAACGGAGAAGAAUACUAGCACCAAAACAUCAAAUCCUUUCCUUGUAGCAACACAGGAUGCUGAGACAACAGAUUAUGUCACAACAGAUAAUUUAUCAAAGGUGACUGGGGAAAUAGUGGCAAAUAUGCCUGAAGGCCUAACCCCAGAUUUGGUACAGGAAGCAUGUGAAAGUGAACUGAGUGAAGUGACGGCUACAAAGAUUGCUUUUGAAACAAAAAUGGACUUGGUGCAGACAUCAGAAACUAUGCAAGAGUCUCUAUUCCCUGUUGCUCAGCUUUGCCCAUCAUUUGAAGAAUCUGAAGCUACUCCGUCACCAGUUUUGCCUGACAUUGUUAUGGAAGCACCAUUAAAUUCCAUAGUUCCAAGUGCUGGUGCUUCUGCAGUGCAGCCCAGUUCAUCUCCUUUAGAAGUUCCUUCUAUAGUUAAUUAUGAAAGCAAGAAACUUGAGCCUGAAAAUCCUCCCCCCUAUGAAGAGGCCAUGAAUGUAUCACUAAUAAAGGAAGGAAGUAAAACUGAAGGUAUUAAUGCAGGUGCUCAAGAUACAGAAACUCCUUAUAUAUCUAUUGCAUGUGAUUUGAUUAAAGAAACAAAACUUUCUACUGAACCAAUGCCAGAUUAUUCUAAUUAUUCAGAAACAGCAAAAGUUGCACAGCCAGUGCCUGAUCAUUCUGAGCUAGUUGAAGAUUCUUCACCUGAUUCUGAACCAGUUGACUUAUUUAGUGAUGACUCAAUAUCUGACGUUCCUCCUAAACAAGAGGAGGCUAUGGUUCUUGUGAAAGAAAAUCUCACUGAAACAUCAUCUGAGUCAAUGAGCAAACAAGAAAAUAAGGGAAAAUUAAGUGCUUCACCAGUUCCCGAGGUGGGAAAGCCAUAUUUGGAAUCAUUUCAGCCCAAUUUAGAUACUACAACCGGUACCUUAUCACCUGAUGGGGUUUCAACAUUUACCCAAAAGGAGAAAAUUCCUUUGCAGAUGGAAGAGCUCAAUACUGCAGUUUACUCAAAUGAUGGCUUAUUUAUUUCUAAGGAAGCAAAAAUAAGAGAGAGUGAAACAUUUUCAGAUUCUUCUCCAAUUGAGAUUAUAGAUGAAUUCCCUACAUUUGUCAGUUCGAAAACUGAUUUUUCUCCUCAAAUAGUCAGGGAAUACACUGACCUAGAAGUAUCCUGCAAAAGUGAAAUAGCUAAUGUCCAGGAUGGAGUUGAGUCAUUGCCUUGCUCAGAAUUACCCAGUACUCUUUCUUUCAAGACUGUAAAACAGCCUAAAGGUGAAGAUGAAGUUUGUGUCUCAGAUGAAUUCUCCAAAGAUAGGCCUGAUAUUUCAAAGGUGCCCUUACUGCCUCCAAAUGUUCCUGCUUUGCCCACUCAAACAGAGAUAGGCAGUGUAGUUAAACCUAAAGUUCUUUUGAAAGAAGCUGAGAAAAAACUUCCUUCUGAUACAGAAAAAGAGAAAAGAUCACCAUCUGCUAUAUUUUCAGCAGAGCUGAGUAAAACUUCAGUUGUUGACCUCCUCUACUGGAGAGACAUUAAGAAGACUGGAGUUGUAUUUGGUGCCAGCUUAUUUCUGCUGCUUUCACUGACAGUAUUCAGCAUUGUGAGUGUAACGGCCUACAUUGCCUUGGCUCUGCUCUCUGUGACUAUCAGCUUUAGGAUAUAUAAGGGUGUGAUCCAAGCUAUCCAGAAAUCAGAUGAAGGCCACCCAUUCAGGGCAUACUUGGAAUCUGAAGUGGCUAUAUCUGAGGACUUGAUUCAGAAAUAUAGUAAUUCUGCUCUUGGUCAUGUGAACUGCACAAUAAAAGAACUCAGACGCCUCUUCUUAGUUGAUGAUUUAGUUGACUCUCUGAAGUUUGCAGUGUUGAUGUGGGUAUUUACCUAUGUUGGUGCCUUGUUUAAUGGUCUGACACUUCUGAUUUUGGCUCUGAUUUCACUCUUCAGCGUUCCAGUUAUUUAUGAACGGCAUCAGGCACAGAUAGAUCACUAUCUAGGACUUGCAAAUAAGAAUGUUAAAGAUGCUAUGGCUAAAAUCCAAGCAAAAAUCCCUGGAUUGAAGCGCAAAGCUGAAUGAAAAAGCCUGAAAUAAUUAACAGUAGUUUAUCUUUAAGGGGAUAUUCAUUUGAUUACAUGGGGGAGGGCCAGGGAAGAAUGAAGCCUUGACAUUGCAGUGCAGUUUUACAGAUCUUUAUUUUUAGCAACGCAGUGUCAGGAGAAUUACCUGUCUGACUGCCAUGUGUGCAUCUUAAGUAUUGUAAGCUGCUAUGUAUGGAUUUAAACCGUAAUCAUAUUUGUUUUACCUAUAGGAGGCACUGGUAAAUAAAAACGAUCCGAGAAAGCUGUAUGUUUUGGAGAUAGUCUUGCUGUAUUUGGGGAAUUGCAGAGAAAAUGGAGCUGAAAAACAUAACUUUUUUCCCACAGUUUGUGCACUGUGUAUGGUCUGUGUAGAUUGAUGCAGAUUGUCUGAAAUGAAAUGUUUAGGCGAGAUCAUACCACUAAGGCAGAUAAUUAGAAGCUGCCUUUCUGGUAUGUUCUAGGUGUAUUGUGAAUUUUACUGUUAUAUUAAUUGCCAAUAUAAGUAAAUAUAGAUUAUAUAUAUAUCUAUAUAUAGUGUUUCACAAAGCUUUGACCUUUACCUUCCGGCUGCCCCACAGUGCUUGAAGUGCUUGAUGUCAAGAGAGUCACUGGUCAUAACGUCUGUAGUUCCAAAGCACAUAAGCUAGAAAAAGAAAAUUCACUUCCAGGAGCACUAUCAUCUGUUUUCAACCUGAAAUGCCACGCACUUAGAACUCCUCAUGUAAAAACUUCAUUGCACAGACUUACUGUAGUUAGUUUUGUGACAGACUCUAUGGACUGAAUCUAAUGCUUCCCAAAAUGUUUGCAAAUAUCAAACAUUGUUAUGCAAGAAAUUAUAAAAUGAAGAUUUAUACAAUUGUGGUUUAAGCUGUACUGAAUUAAAUCUGUGGAAUGCAUUGUGAACUGUAAAAGCGAAGUAUCAAUAAAGCUUAUAGACUUAAUUUA